AUGGUUCCAUUCGAUUUGCUGAGAUUGAACGUGGGGAAUGCGAUGAGCACUACCGGAAUAUUCGUCGCUCCCAAAACCGGAAAAUACUUUUUCGCUCUUUCGGGUCUAACUGAAGAACAUAAAGCUGCAAACGUCGAAAUGCAAGUGAAAACUGCAACAGCGGAUUGGUCAAGAGUGAGACAGGCGUAUGGUACGCCCGGAUAUCAAACAUAUUCAUUGCAAGCCACGUUAGAUCUUGCUAAAGGCGAUCAAAUAAGAUUACUGCUAGCAGCCGGAGCAAUUCAUGAUACCACGAUUCACUAUAUCAGUUUCGUUGGUCAGGUACUCGAGGAAGACAUCCUUCAUUAA